CGACAAAAUAAUAACCACCAAACUAACGACACCAGUGAUGAAAUAAGAGCCACCACCGAAUUCGACGACAUCAGUGACAAAAUAAUAACCACCGAAUUAAAUGACACUAAUGAUGAAAUAAUAACCACCAAACUCGACGACACCACCACCACUGAAUUUGACGACACUAGCGACGAAAUAACAACCACCAAACUCGAUGACACCAACAACGAAAUAAUAACCACUGAAUUCGAUGACACCAGUGAUGAAAUAAUAACCACCAAAUUCGACGACACCAGUGAUGAAAUAAUAAUCACUGAAUUCGAUGACACCAACUCCAACGAUGAAAGCUUCAACACCAAAGAUGAUGAUUCCAAUGAUGAUGAUGCUAAAAGCUAUGGUUCUGAAAUUACACUUAUAAACAAAGAAAAAAGGCUAAAGGAAAAGAAAAGUGUGGAAGAGAAAAAGAACAAAAGCAAAGAAAAAGGUAUAAAAAAAAGGAGAGAAAAAGAAAAAGAAAAGGACAAAAGAAAAAGGAAGGGCAAAAGAAAAAGAAAGGGCGAAAGAAAAAGAAAGGGUGAAAGAAAAGAAAGGGUGAAAGAAAAAGAACAGGACGAAAGAAAAAGAAAAAGCUAA